CUGUGGCUUUAUCUGGAUCUUUUUGGCAUGGCGACCCACACUCUUGCACACAGCGGCCUUUUUUGGGAAUGGUGAUAAUGGAGAGUACAUGCUAUCUAUAAAGUUAUUAAUAACACAACAAGGGGUCCUAGAGCCUUUUCUCCGCUGCACAGUCUGUCCCUUUACCCUACGAGACUCACCUCACAUUCCUCUCAGUGAGAGCAGGGACCCUCUGCUCUGCUGCGCACUGAAUCUCGCCAUCAGGUCACUUUCGUCAGCACUCUUACUCAGAUCCACUGCUGCGCACCUGAACGCUCCCUGCCAUGUCUGACAACGAGGAGGUGGUGGAGGAGUACGAGGAGGAGCAGGGAGAAGAGGAGGCUGCCGAAGGGGAACAGGGGGUAGAGGAGGAGGAGGAGGAGGUGGAGGAGCAGGAGGCGGCAGAGGAAGAGGCCGUGCAGGAAGAGGACACACCUGCUGCAGAGGGGGAGGCCAACGAAGAACAAGAUGGAGAAGAGGAAGCAGAGGAGGGAGAAGAGGAGGCCAAGCCAAAAUUCAAGCCAUUUAUCAUGCCCAACCUCAUCCCUCCUAAGAUCCCAGAUGGAGAGAAGGUGGAUUUUGAUGAUAUCCAUCGUAAAAGGAUGGAGAAGGACCUGAUGGAGCUUCAGACUUUGAUUGAGGUUCACUUUGAGAGCAGGAAGAAAGAAGAGGAAGAGCUCAUUAGUCUCAGAGAGAGGAUUGAGAAGCGUCGUUCUGAGCGAGCAGAGCAGCAAAGAAUCCGCAGUGAGAGAGAGAAAGAGCGACAGAAGCGGCUUGAGGAUGAGAGAGCUCGUAAGGAGGAGGAGGAAGCCAAGAGGAGAGCAGAGGAUGACGCCAAGAAGAAGAAAACCCUCACCAGCCUCCACUUUGGAGGUUACAUGCAGAAGCUGACUGAAAAACGGAGUGGUAAGAGGCAGACAGAGAGAGAGAAGAAGAAGAAGAUCCUGAGCGAAAGACACAAGCCUCUGGACAUCGAGAACUUGGGCCAGGACAAACUCAAGGAGAAAGCUAAGGAGCUGUGGGAGUGGUUGCAACAGCUGGAGGCAGAGAAGUUUGAACUGCAGUACGAGAUCACCAGACAGAAAUAUGAUAUUAACGUGCUGAGGAACCGUGUCAGUGACCAUCAGAAAACAUCCAAGAGGACCAAAAGAGGCCUGAGGAAAUAACUGUAGACAAGCUGAGUGAUCAUCAGCCCUGUCCUGCAGCCACCGCCUCAAACCAAGCCCUAGCUUUCCUGCCACACCCCGGUCCCACCUGUUUCACUAAUACCAUCACCUACAGUAACAAUUACAUCCAGCUUCAUCUCACUCUGUUGUUGUCCUCUUAUUCCCAUCCGAUAGAAUCUGUGUUUAUGGGUGCAAAUAAAACCAUUUUAGUUCAAUCAGUGACUUCUUGCUCUUUUGAGCGUGGGUGCAUGAGUUUCCUGGAACUCAAAAAUAAAGUGUCAUUCAAGACAUGAGUGCAGAAAGCCUAAAGCAAAGUCAGAAAGAGACAUCUUCCUGCUCACAGACAGGUUCUGACAUGACUAAGGCUGUCAUGGUGCUCCUCAGGCUAACGCCCAGACCUCCUCUCAUGUAAAUAUACACACACAAAUCUGGAGGAGAAUGAAUCAUUUCUAUCCAACAUUGAUCCAGGUGGGAACAUCCUUUUUAAAAUGAAAAGGACAUUCCUCCUUCGACUGCUUUUCAACUUCUCUUCAAAGAGUAUUAUAAAACUCAAGGUGAAUUCACGCUACAACAUUCUUGCUUUGGAUCAGACAGACUUGCAUAACUAAAUACCAGUUAAGUCACUGGUGUAUCUGAUGUGGCACCAGAUAUGCAGGAAACGUUACAACUUGUAAUGAAACAAGCACACCGCUCAGGGGUGGUAUGAUUUAUGUUUUUGUGGCCAGAUUUGCCAGAUUAAAUCUGCAUCUAUGUUUUGUGAACUCCUUUUCAUUACCUGUCAGGACAACUCUAGGGGCAAAAGUUGACUGUGAUUUUAUCGUUAAUGAUCAGAUCUGUAGCAAGAUAAACGCCAUUACUCAGUUUUUCACUCAUCUGAAGGAUAAAAGACUGACAAAACAAA